AUGUGCUUACAUACUCAUUGUAGGGGAUUGGAAGAGCCUGGAAAGAAGAUAACUCAUCAGUACAAAUUGAAGAUGGCAGAAGGACUCGCAAUUCUCGCCGUAGAUUUAGUACUUCCUGAAGUAAUUAAAUCCAUGCGUCAACAACACAACACACAUGUAACCAAUGGACUGAACCGUAUGGUAAAAGUCGAAAUAAAACAUAUGGGAAGAGAGCACAACAUACUUCGUGUUGAACCAGGAAAAACACGAAACGUUCCCACAGAACAUGGCAAAGUAACAAUAAGUGUGUAUGACGCUCCAACAGAUAAAAAACCAUACGAAAGCAUGACUUUACAAUCCGACCAGAGUGUUUGUAUUGAAAAGAAUGCAGAGGGAAAGCCACAGAUUAGAUGUGUAAAGUACGGUACUCUUACUCAAUGUAUUGGUGAUGCAGAUAAUUUUAAAUAGGCAUAAAUGUACAGCAACAAUUUAAAGUCUUUUAUAUAAUUUUCAAUGUUUUGUAUUCGUUUGCAUGAUGUCAUAUUACGACGUACCGACCAGAAAACUUCACAAAGAUGCAACUGAUUAUGUGCAAGACUUCCUAAAAAUGUUUCGAAAUAUGUUAAUGAAUCCAUUCGUAAUCUAAAGCUACGAGAAAAGCACAUAACAUACGCUCG